UGCAUAUAGCCUUGCCUAAUGUUGUGCUCAAUGCUGUGUGCUUUGUGACUUCAAGAGCUACACAACUGGCUACUCACUUUGGUACACAUUAUAAUAUGGCAGUGUAGGAGCAGAGGAAUUGUGUCAUCUGGAAGUCCUGGACUGCUGCUUGAAAUUGAAUGGAGAUCAUGCAUGAGUUGCAGCCAGAGCGUCCCUCGGGCGCCGACGAGCCCGACCUGCUGGAGCUGACCGCGCAGAUGGGCGAUGUGCGGAUCGGCGGCCGGCCCGUGUCGGCGCUGUUGGCCCACCAGGCGGCCCCGCCGCGGCCCGUCCCGCUCCUCUCCCAGAGCCAGUACCGGCCACCGGAGCCUGCUGUCGUGUACUCGGUGUCUGUCAGUCCGCCGCAGCCGCCGGCCGGCCUCGGGCAGCGGCCCGGCCCGCAGCUGUCCCCGAGCCACUACCAGUCCGGCUCCGGCCUGACCGCCGAGUACCUGCCGUCUUCCAGUCCGUACCAGCCAUCUGUCGGUCAAUAUAUCCCAUCUACCAGUCACUACCAGCCAUCUACCAGUCAGUACCAGCCAUCUACCAACCAGUAUCAGCCUUCUACCAGUCAGUAUCAUCCACCUGGAGGCCAGUCUUUUCCAUCCACAGGCUGGCCGGCUGCCCCUGCCGGGCCGUACCAGCCGUCUGCCACCCUGUAUGAGCCGCCACAUGGACCGUACCAGUCCCCAGCCAGCCAGCGGCAGCAGCCGGCAGGGGCCUGGCCCGCCGUGUCGGUCCCUCGGCCGCCGUCCCCGGUCAGAGUGGUCGCCCCAGCGGCGCCGGCGGCGACCUCUGUACAGGAGCGACAGAGCAGUGCAGAGCGACUGCGGCUGCAGCACGAGGCGUGCGGUCGCCUGCGGCUGGAGCUGGAUCGCACCCGGCGCCUCUGGGACCGUCUGAAUGCGGAGACGGCCGACCUGACCCGGCGGCUGGAGAGUGUGCCAGCAGCACCCCUGGUGGAUAACCGUCUCCGGUGGGCAGAGUCGAACCACCGCCUGCGCCGGGAGUGUGAUCGCAUGGUGACCGAGAUACAGGAGCUGCGGACAGCACAGCAAGUCCGUCGGAGCUCUGCCAGUUCCAGCAGCGGGGUGUCGACACUGCGACAUACUCAGUCAGGUGCCGACCCGGAGGAUGUGGGCGAGGGCCCGCCGUGGGAGUGCAGCGCGUGCACGUUCCACAACCACCCGGCCAUGUCCGCCUGCGAGCAGUGCGAGAUGCCGCGGCCGCUGACAGGUACGCCGGCGGCCGCCGCGCCCGUGCCGGCCGCCGCGCCGGGCGGCUCGGCGCCGGCCGCCCUCCAUUCGGCCUGCUAUUGCCACCCGGCGGGCGGUGCGCCGCGCGCUGCCGUCCGCAGCACCUACUGUAGCUGGCCGGAGUCGGACGGCUCGGCCGGCAGCGGCGGGGGCGGGGGCGGCCGGGCGGGCCUCCAGUACCGGCUGGGGACCCUCUGAGCGGGCCUCCAACACCGGGGCCUGGGGACCCUCUGAGGCGGCCCGCCCUGCCCGUGAACAGGCUGUGAGGGAGGGACGGACCGACAGGGGCGCCGUCUGGUUCGUUACACUGCGUCCGAGUCCCCGCAGGCUUCAGUUCUAGUCGCUGCUUUGAGACGGGACUCCGGACGUUAGGCUGUUCCACAGAGCCCGAUCAUGUAACCGGUUUAACCCGAGAAGCUGCCUGUGUGACUGGCGACACGGCGAUUUUGCAGCCUGCAGGUUCAGACUGGUGGCCGCCCUCCCCCUCCGUUCAGUGUUGCGCCCUUCCAGUCAGCGAGGCGGUCAGAUCUCUCAGGGUUGACAGUGUUCGGUGACGUGACUCGACAGCCGGGCGCCUCUGGGUUUGUGUGUGCGUGUAUGUGAGUGUGCAUGCCUGUUGUCUGUCCCCAGAAAUAGCUGACGUUUAGGAGUGCAAACGUCACGAGAGAGGGCGGCACUGUAGUGGUACACGCCCGCGUUUGUUUUGUCCCUCAGCUGAAACUAUUAUCGUCUCGCUAAGAUAGCCGAUUACUGGGCUGAUGGGGCUACAAUUGUGAUAAUCUGAUCCUGGAACGUGGUCGGACGGACGGCGGGAGGCUGGCGGUUUUUUGUUUGCCACUUCAGAGCAAUACUCCGAUAUAUGUGGACGAUCAUCUGGGCGUGGCUGCCCGAGGUAUGCGGUCCGGGCCGGCGCCGGCGGCCGCCGUGAUUGGCUCCCGGCGCCGGCUGUUGUCGUAGGAUGUCUCUCCGAGUCAGCCGAGCUGCCCGAGGUGCUGGCAGCCGGCGAGUCGGGCCGCAUCGGCCAUCGAUUUCCCAGAGCGACACUGCGGCACGCCGCCAGAACUGUCAUACGUGACAGGCAGCCAGUCCAGCUCCAAUCGGCUAAUUCAGAAUACUAACGUACAUACUGCGUACACUACUCAUCUGGUGCUUCCUCAGUGAUACGUUCAGUGUGUCUCAGUAACAGCCUGUCCUUCCCUCGGUAUAGCGUUCAGUCUAGGCUCAGGCGCAUUCUACCUGCCGCAGGGUAACUAUCCAUAUCACAGUUGCCGCAUCAUGUGCCCCUCCAUUCUCAGUCAGACUCCCGAGGACUCAACUAACUCCGAUUCUAUCGUCCCUUCCUACCGCCGUUCAUGUUAUAUAUGUCUGCUAACAAAUAUAGUCGUGCUGCAGGUGCUGAUGUAUGAUAUUUGUGUGUUACACAUUAAUCAAAAUAGUGUCACAAGAAGGAAGUCACUUCUUGAGCGGUAGUUGUGCGUAUGUCGCAUCUGUGUUGUUUCCCCUGUAACCUUGGCGGCAAUGUUGGUCGGUACCUGUCGGACCAUUGGUCCCGUGUAGUCCCGAGACCAGCGGACCGCGCGAUGUCCUCGCCGCCCGCCAGGACCGUGCUGCCAAUACAUACCUCUCCUUGUGGCCGCGUGUGUCUGAAGUGGCAGCUGGGGUAGGCGACGGUGGUCGACCAGUUCGGAGCUAUCUCUAGGUCCAUCCAGGUGAACAUUUUUGAAUCGCCGCAGGUCUUCCGUACCCCUCAGUCUGACCACCCACUUGUCCCUUUCCCCUCUCUCCUUUGUAUGCCGACUAUCGGUUGCAUUCCGUCCCUUGCCUGUCUGCAUUCUGCUCCCUGGAUUUUGCCAGCUCCGACCGAUGGUGCAGAACCUUGCUGAUCACUAAUGUCACCUCCGCACCGCUGCAGUGUGCCGGGUGUUUGCCCCGCCCUGUUUGCCCUGUCAUACUCGGGGCUGCAUCCCUCGAAGCUGAGUUGAGUAGGUCAACUGUAUAGUUAGGGGCUGAAAUUAGCGUGUUUUAUAACCUGUUAUGCUUCGGGAUUCCCCCCACUAACUCCGUCUUUCCGAAGCUGCCUGCUUUUCAGAUCGCGUUGUGAAAUUGCUUUUUUGGGAUGCUGAUGCAGCCUAGUUAAACCCAGCACCAUUAACGGACUCCCGUGCACAGAUGUGAUGCCUAAUUUUGCCACUAUUAUCUAGCCCGCACGUUUGUUCUCUAGGUGUGCACACUGACUGCCGGUCGCCUGUAGCCCGAUUUGGGGUAGUGGCCUGCCUGAACUGCCAUUUUGCUCUGUGAUCACUGCACAUUGGUGGCAAUGCCUCUCUGCUCCCUGACUGCUUGUCUGCCUGUCCGCCUGCGGGUGGUGUAGAUAGUGCCUGUGUGUUAUCCUCCACCUGCGGUCUGCAGAUUCAGCCUAUCUGAUCGAGCCUACAUGUCUGCCCUCAGCUCACGACAGCGGCUGACCCGGCGGCGGUCCAUAUAGCCUCUACACAGGGUGACUGGCCUGGCUUGGUGCACUGUGCCGUAACCAAGGCCAUAUAUAGGGCCGUAACCGCCGUAACCUGUGCCCUGGGUGGAUGACGGAUUUGCCCAGCAAGAAACCUUUGCACGUGGAUUUUUGACGCACGAACCUCUACUUGGGCUUCUUUCUUGGAGCGGCUGACAUAACGCACUACAGUAGCCUCUGCCCGGGACGGCUAGUGUGUCAACCCCAACAUUAUUCUCUGCUCCGGAGCUCGCUGCAGUGUUGUUGUGAGCUCUCGCCCGCACUGUACAGUGAGUGACCCUGAAGGUAACGGUCAGUACUGUGUUAUAGGGUCUGUUCCAGUCGCACUUCCUAACACCUCUAAACUCCUCCAAGAGCAAGAUAGAGGAGGUUGGAGCUUGGCCAUCCUUGGCUUUGUAGGGGCUACAGCUGCCACUGGAACAGGGAAGCAAUCUUGGAGGAGUUUAGAGGUGUUAGAAAGUGCGACUGGAACAGACGCAUAGUGUACCAGAGGUGACGCUGGUCCUCCGCUCCAGCAAUGAUGGUACACACCGGGGUGCCAAUGUGGCGACGAUCGUGCCAAGUCAUGUCUGUGCUGAGGUUUAUCUCGGUGCUGGAUGAAUGCGGAAUGGAGAUGAUAGACAGUGGUGCUAUUUUAUUAAUCGUGAUAUGAAUAAUACAUUUAUUAUGAGUCUG